AUGGCGGCCCUCCAGAACGGCGCCGCGAACGGUGCGGCAAAUGGAGAUGUUUCAAAAGCCCCUAAGAGUGCCCGAUUCUCCGACAUCCCCUCUGCCAUCGACAUCCCCGUCCAGGGCGACCAAGAAGACGAAGCGGUCGAAAUCGAUCUCGAAGUCCUUGUUGAUGAUCCGACGGAACUGUGUACCCUGUUCGAAAACGAGCAUGCGGCCAAAACUUAUUGGAUGACGGUCGCGCUGGCGUAUGCGAAGCAGCGGAAAAUCGACCACGCCAUCGAAAUGUUGAUCCGAGGCGGCAACGCCAUACAGAGCGGCGGCAACCCACGCGAUAAGGUCAGCAUGAUAUGCUGCCUCUGUUGGAUGUAUCUAUGGAAGAGUCGAGAGGCCCCUCGUGUUGCGCCUGAAGAUGCCAAUGCGUCGGAAACCAAAACGAAAGAGCACUAUCUGCAGCUUGCAACAUCAUCCCUCAACGACGCCGCACGUCUUAACCCGUCCUUCUCGCCCAUCUUUCUCGCACGUGGAGUUUUGCUACUGCUCAGGGCCUCACUACAAGGACCAUCGAAGACUGCGGGAAGCCUAGGGACAGAAAAGGGGGAGCUCCUGAAGAACGCCGCCAAGGCCUUCGAUGAUGCACUCCGAGUCUCUCAAGGCAAAAACGUGCUGGCUUUGAUGGGGAAAGCUCGCACUCUGUUCUCCAUGCACAAGUAUCCCGAGGCUCUGGCUGCAUAUCAAGAUGUGCUGCAAAAAAGACCCGAUCUAGUCGACCCCGACCCUCGCAUUGGAAUAGGCUGCUGCUUCUGGCAACUUGGAUUCAAAGACGAUGCCAAGGUAGCGUGGGAGAGAUGUUUGGAAAUCAACCCCGAUUCCAAAGUUCCCAAGAGUCUUCUCGGCCUGUACUAUCUUGAUGCUAGCGGUCAUGUUCCGGUUAACAGCCCAGAAUUUCCCCAGCUUUACAAGCGGGCCAUGAUCGACUACAUUCAGGAUUCAUUUAAACUUGAUAAAGACGUUCCCAUCACCUGCUCCACCUUUGCGAGCUACUUCUUGUCUCGAAAAAUGUGGGAUAAGGCAGAUAAGCUGGCUCACAAGGCCAUUCAAUAUACCGAUGUCAACGCCGUUGCGAGUGACGGAUGGUAUUUGCUGGCGAGAAAAGCUCACUACAACGGCGAUUUAGAGCGUGCCAGUGAUUACUAUCGUCGCGCUGACGACGCUCGUGGAGGUACUGAGACCGGCUAUCUUCCUGCCAAGUUUGGCGUUGCGCAGCUAUCUGUCCUGAAGAACGAUCUUGGAGAGGCGAAGCUGAGGCUAGAGAAGAUUAUCCAGCAAUCCAAGAACCACGAGGCCAUGAUUCUUUUGGGAAUCAUUUAUGCUGAAGAAAUCUUUGCCAACCAGAGCAGUGAUAUCAAGGAGGAUAGAUCUGCAGAAAUGAAAAAGGCAGUUGCUCUACUGGAGGGCGUCAGAAAUUCUUGGAAAGAUCCUAAGAAGGCCCUGUCUCCGGACCCUUCUGUCCUCCUAAACCUGGCCCGGCUAUAUGAAACAGACAGCCCUGACAAGGCACUUCAGUGUUUACAACAAGUUGAGCAGCUCGAGAUCGAACAGAUUCCAGAGUCGGAGCACCCAACAGACGUUCCCGCUUCCGAACUUCAGGCAGCUCUUCGCAAGUUCCUCUCGCCUCAGCUUCUGAACAACAUUGGCUGCUUCCAUUCCCAGGCGGAGAAACAUGAUCUUGCCAGUGAGCUGUUUGAAGCUGCGCUAAGUGCUUGCAUGAGAGCUGGCGAGAAGGAUCCUACGAUGGACACUGACGCCUUGGUGACGACUAUUAGCUUCAACCUUGGCCGAAGCUAUGAGGCUCGGGGCCUGACAGACAAGGCGGUGGAAGUGUAUGAGGGCCUCCUUAACCGCCACGACGAUUAUACCGACGCCCGCACACGGCUUGCAUACAUCAAGCUAAGAAAAAAUCCCAACAAGGAAGGUCCUGAUGCUGUGGCAAAGCUCUACCAGGAGAAUACCGCCGACUUGGAGGUUCGAGCACUCUAUGGAUGGUAUCUUGGAAAAGUCCACUCCAGAAAGCGCCCGGCAAACAUUCAAGAAGACCACGAGUUCCGUCACUACAAGCACACUCUACAAAACUACGAUAAGCAUGACAGGUAUGCCCUGGUCGGAAUGGGCAAUCUGUACCUCCUGCAGGCAAGAGAAAUGCGUCGUGAAACAGAACCAGAGAAGCAGAAGAGAAGCGCAAUCUACUGCAAGGCUGUUGAAUUCUUUGAGAAAGCUUUAUCACUGGACCCGAAGAACGCCUAUGCUGCUCAGGGCAUCGCCAUUGCUCUGGUGGAAGACAGGAAAGAUUUGAAGACGGCUCUCACUAUUUUCAACAAAGUUCGAGAUACAGUCAAAGAUUCUCAUCUGUAUGUGAACUUGGGCCACAUUUUUGCUGAACUGAAGCAGUUCACCAAGGCCAUCGAACACUAUGAGAUAGCUCUAUCGAAAGACGGCAAAUCGAAUGAUCCAGUCAUUCUCUCUUGCCUUGGCCGGACGUGGUUAAACAGAGGCAGGGCAGAUCGAGAUGUAGAUUCAUACAACAAAGCCCUCGAGUGUGCUAAAAAGGCGCUUGAGGUGGCUCCGGACCAAAUACACUACAAGUUCAACGUUGCCUUUGUUCAAAUUCAGCUUGUGACCACGAUCCAAACUCUGCCGGAAAGCAGACGGACAGCUGAGCAGCUGGAAGAGGCGUCAGAGGGUCUCGAAGCCGCGAUUGAGUCGCUGGAUAUGAUUGCUGCCCAUCCCCAAACACCUUAUCCCAAGCAUGACGUUGAGCAGCGUGCUAAUAUGGCUCGCAAUACACUUCGCAAACAACUUGAGAGAGCUCUAGGAAAGCAGAAGGAGUGGGAGGAGAAGAAUAUGGAAAAGAUUGUGGCUGCUAAAGAACAACGAGAAGCUGAGAUUAAGAAGCGCGAAGAAGAGCGACAGGCCGUUCUGGACAAAGAGCGGGAGCGACAGGAGAAGAUUCGGAAAGAACGUGAGGCCAUCGCCGCCCGCGAUAGGCUACAUGCAGAGCAACGAGCUGAAGAGGAGCGCGUGCGUCACGAGGCAGAGAUGACUACUGAUGAAGAGACGGGAGAAAAGGUCAAAAGAAAGCGCAAGCCAGCGCCACGCGGGGCCGCCGGCGAGGGCAAGCCCAAGAGGUCGUCAAAGAAGAAGAAGGCCGACGCGGAUGAUGACGAGGGCUCUGAAGAAGAGAACCACACCAAAAAGAGAAGACGCCUCACCAAGAGGGAGUCUUCCAAGUUCAAGUCUGCCGAGAUUGUUGUCGACUCUGAUGAAGAAGAAGCCAACGACGACGACUACGACGUUUUGGACCGUGCGGACAGAAACCUGGAGAGAGAGGAGACACCUCUCUCCGACGCCGACGAAGACGCUGGCCGGAUGGACGUGGAUGAAAAGGAUGGCCGCGAUGAAAGAAACGACGACGAUGACGAGGACGAAGACAUUGGUGCUUCUCGUUCCCAAGCCAAGAGAACGCGUAGAGGCCGAGCAAUCGCAGAAAGUGACGAAGAGGACGAAGAUGCGGAGCCUAGCGGUGCUGCAGCGGCAGAUGAGGACGACGAAUAA